UCCCCACUUUGUGUGUGUAUAUGUGUGAGUGGUUUUAUUCCACCUAUCAUUUGCUUCCAGUUUCUCCCAGUCAAAAAACUAACUUCUUCAACUACUCUGGAAUAAAAAUCUGAUUUUCUGAAGUUGAACCCUGUCCAUUACUUUUUUCCUGCCGCCUGAAUCUUCUUCCAUGGCUUCUGAUUCUCACACUCCAACUGCAACUACUCCUGCAAAGCCAUUGGAGAACAAGGUGAACGAGGAAGCUAAGUUGAUGGAGAAAGAGAUUGGGUCGUCGGAUUCUGUGGAUGUGGUGACUGAUAAACCGACAUUGGAUUCAAACACAGUGGUUAUUAAAGAAGAGGUGAUUGAUCAAACUCAUAAGGUUGAGCCAGAGAAAGUAUCUUUUGCAGUGGUGGAAGAAGUUGAAGCAGUUGUGAAAGCAGAGGAAUCUACAGAGACAGAGAAACAUGCAAAUGGUGGGAGGGGAGCUGAACAAGUUGAACUUACAGAACCAAUCCUUGUGAAAGAGGGUGUUGCAGAAGUUAAUGUCGAAGCUGGUGAUGAGGAGAAAGCAGAAGAGAAGCCAACCGUGGAGAGUGUUGUUAAAGAAGAAGAUAAGGAUAAGGAGGAGACGACGAUUGCUGAUGUGUCUGAAUCAACAGAUGAAGCUGGAGGCAAACAGGUGGAACCAAUUGAUGUUCAAUCUGUUAGAGACGUAUCUGCAGAGACUGCAGAAGAGAAAAUCAAAGAUGUGGAGGCUCCUGAAAACGAGCCAAAGCCAGAGGCUUCCAAAAAAGUUGAGACUCAGCCUGAGGAAGUAAAGGAAUUGGCACCAGAAGCUGAAGUAGUAAAGGCAGAGGAUACAUAUGAAACAACAGAACAAGCUAAGGUUGAGCUUGAGGCAAAGCUGGAGGAUGUUACUGUUGAGGCCAAAGACUCUGGUAUCAACUUCAAGGAUGAAAAGACUUCUGAAUCUGAUUCUCUUUUGUGUCCUAAGGAAACUGUAUCAACAAACCAAGAAUCAGACACUGACCCUAAAAAGGAUAUUGAAGGAGACGCUGCUGCUGUCAUUGAGAAGGCCGUUACAGAAGAGAAGCAUGUAGCGGAUGAACCAUCAAAAGAUGAAAAAAAGUCUGAAUCUGAUGCUGCUUUGUGCCCUGAAGAAAUUGUACCAACGACAAACCAAGAAUCAGACAUUGGCCCUAAAGAUGAAGCUGAAGGAGAUGCUUCUUCUCAUGUUGACGUCAUUGAGAAGGCCAUUACAGAAGAGAAACAUGUGGUGGAUGAAAACAUUUCUGAACCUGGUGCUGCUUUGUGCUUGGAGAAAGUUGUACCCUCAAACCAAGAAUCAGACACAAACCCAAAAGAGGAGACUGAAGGAGGCGCUUCUUCUCCUGCUGAUAUCAUUGAGAAGGCCAUAACUGAAGAGAAGCAUGAAGUGGAUGAACCAUCAAAGGAUGCAACAGCUUCUGAGCUUGGUUCUGUUUUAGGCCUUGAGAAAGAUUCAGACACACACUCCAAAGAGAAGACUGAAGGAGACGCUUCUUCCCCUGCUGAUAUCAUAGAGAAGGCCAUAACUGAAGAAAAGCAUGUAGUAGAUGAACCAUCAAAGGAUGAAAAACCUUCUGAAUCUGGUUCCGCUUUGUUCCCUGAGGUAGCCGUACCCACAAACCAAGAUUCAGACACAUACCCGAAAAAGGAGACUGAAGGAGACGUUUCUUCUCCUGCUGAUGUCAUUGAGAAUGCCAUUACCGAAGUGAAGCAUGUAGUGGAAGAAAUAUCAAAGGAUGAACAAGAGACUGUAAGUGAAGCCGAGGAUGUCUUCACUAAACUAGCUACAGAAGGUGAGAACAUCACAAAAGACCCUGAACCACCUGUUGCAGUUGUCAAAAGCGAAGAGAAUUUGAAAGAAACCGAUACAGAAUCAGGAGAGAAAGAAACUGCAGCAACCAAACAAGAGGAAACAAUCACAGAAAAAGAAGCAGAAGUUGUAGAAACAGCACUUCCUGUCAAAGAGAGCGAUGAGGCGAAACAGCAAGCAGAAGUCACAGCCAAAGAAGUUCCUGUUAAGCAAAAACAUUCAAACAGCAUUAUAUCAAAGGUGAAGCAAUCUCUUGUCAAAGCAAAGAAAGCAAUCAUUGGAAAAUCUCCAAGCUCUAAGACUAUCACAACUGAAGAAGCCAAAGAAGAAAUAAAAGUCAAGUGAUAAAAAGGAUUAAUGGGUUCCUUAAAGUUUUCAGGUACUUCUAUUUAAUUUGUUGGUUUUGCUUCGUGUGGGGAAAAAAAAAAGAACAUUCUUUUUUCUUUUGUUUUAUGGCUUUGUGUGGUUUAUAACUUAUAUCUGUAAACAUACAAAGAUUUGCCUUUGUUUUAUGGAUGUGUGUUGGAAAUUUCUUUAAGGUAAUCAUUCAUCAG